AUGCGCGUCGGCCACAGCCCCCUGUGGGGCGACCGAGCGGCCAAAGCCAGCGGCUGGAGGGCCUUCCUCCUCUUCCCGCUCCUCCUUUGGGAGCGCAUCUUCUACUCGAGGCGAGCCAGCCAAACAGCCAGCCUGCCUGCCUGGCCCGCCGCCGCCGCCGCCGCCGCCGCCCAGAUCGACGUCACCACCUGCAAGACGCGCCCCGGCGACUGGCGCCGCCUGCAGGGCGACCGCCGCUUCUUUGACGCCAUGUUUUGCUAUGUGGGGCCACCCAGCCACUUUAUCUGGAACCUCAGGCUCCCGCUGGCACUGGUCAUGCUGGUCUCGGCGGGGAUGGCAGUCUACGAGUACUGCCGCACCACUCUGGGCUGGGGCCUGCCAGAGCUGGACCGCAACGAUAUCAUGUACGAUACCUUCCGCCUGGCUUCCUUUGCCAUGGCACUGCUGCUGAGCCUGCGGGUGGGGCGCACGUAUGACCGAUGGUGGGUGGCGCGCUGCGGCUUCGCCGGGGUGGGCAACGCAGCCACCGCGCUGACGCAGCAGGCGGCCGCCUGGGUCGACGACGAAGACCUGCAGGCGCGGCGCUGGGCCGACAUCCGGCGCUGGGCGGUGGUGUGGCACUACAGCGUGCUGCAGGUGGUGCAGGGCGACAAGGAGCUGCGCCCGGCGGCGGCGGCCCUGCUGUGCGACGGCGAGCUGGCCCUCUACUCUGCCUCCCGCAAGGGCCGCCAGAUGGUGGCCAGCCAGCUGCGCCUGCUGGUGCGAGAGGCGGGGCUGGCGGUGGAGCUGACGGCGGCCAUGGAGCAGACUAUCGGCAAGGGGUGGGCGGACGCGGGCAACUGCGUGCGCCUGCGCUUCCAGGCCAUGCCGGCGGGCCUCGCCCUCAUCUCAACCGGCUUCGUGCUCAUCUGGCUGAUGCUGAUCCCCUUCGGCGUCUGGACCACCGAGAGCUGGUUUGCCCUUGGGGCCAUGUUCUUCGUGGCUCUGCUGCUGCUGUCUGUGGACGAGAUCGCCACGCAGAUGGAGAAUCCCUUCCCGCUGCUGCCCAUGGAUGAGAUGAUGGACAGCACCGUGCGGGACACUGAGAGGGCGCUGAGCGAGGCCGCGGCGCUGAGGCGGCUUCGGCAGAGCCGCAAGCCGGGCAGCCAGGCUUCGCUCAGCCACGCGGCGGUGACUGUUGACGGCGGCUGA